AUGUCCUCGAGGCCCUUACUUCCAACUUUAGUUGCUUUUGCUUGUAUUUUUGCUGCGCAAGGUAAGAACUUUAUUGAAAUUAUCGAAAUUUGAUUUCCUAUCUUUCUUAAAUUUUUGGUGCUCUGAGCCCUCUCUUCUGUUUUAAUGUAGUUUUUUUUUGGUUUCUUUUUUUCAUUUUUUAAGUCCGAAACAAUCUUCGCUGUGCUUAUUCAGCCUCUAGACCUUUUAACUAUUUUCAAAAAAACGAUUUUGUACAGUCACUUCCUUGUUUCAUUUUUUCGACAUCAAGAAUUUUCAAAUAUCUUUAAAUUUUUAUGAUAAACUUGCUUUGUAGCAUUUGUACUAUUCAGUAUUUAUUUCUUUUUUUUUCAGAGUGAUAAGAUCCUCUUUAUUUUUAUUUUCAAGCUCCCAAACUCGUUUGUGAUUUUUGCGCCUUUUUCUUGAAGGAAUUUUCACAUUUUUUUAAAAAAAUUUAAAAAUAAUUUUUUUCGAUUUUACCGCGAAAAAUAAGGUCACUGUUUGUUACUUAAUCUUCAUAGAAAUGGUUUUUAAUAUUGAUAAGUGAAGUUUUUUUACUUCUUCAGUUAUUUAAUCGAAAGAGGAAUAUUUAAAUAAUUCGAAUAAUUUUCAUGAGAUUUUCUAGUUCAAAAAUAUUCCAACCACUAUUAAAAAAAUAUUUUUUUUUAGUGGAAAAAUUAACGAAAAAAACUUUUUUUCUAGUGUUUUAGUCUCAAAAAAAUUUCAAAUAUUAUAAUCUCCAACUGCAUUUUGAUAAUUUUCAGUUUCUUCGAAUCAAAAUGAUCAACCGGCCGUUAUUUCCAAUGUUGCAGUUAAACGUGGUCGACAUUUGGAGGUGGGGUUUCAUUUCUACAGGAGGGAAAAAUGGAGAUAAUGAGUAUUCUGGAGAGUGAUUAGAGAAAUAAAUUAAUAAAUAUGUGUCUGGCACUCUCUUCCUUGAACCUUGACUUUUGGGAAAUUUCAUCGAGUUUUUUUUUAUUUAUUCAUAAUUAGCUUCAAGCUGAAGACUAUUACUAUUACUGAUAACGUGUCUGGGACCCUCUCCAUUCAGCACACUGUCUAGCUUCGCCUCUAUAUCCUUGUAAAUGCGUUGAUUUCACGUCUCAUUAGCAAACUCUGUACCUUACACGUGUUUUCGGGGCUUUUCGACGUCCAAAUUCUCCUUUGUCUCGCCGCCUUUGUUUCAUUCUUUUUUUUGGCCUUCUGUUCGCUCCGAUUUAGGAAGAUUGAUCCUUAUCCGAAUCGAUGGGUCUCGCAUGCUUUCUUGAUAGAUACCAUCGCUUAAAAACGCGUUGGUCAAGCAAAAAGGAAUUUUGAGGUUUAUGAGAAGUAUGAGAACUUCGCACCGAUUCCACAGAUUAGAGCCAUUUUCGGAAUUUUUAUUUCAGAAGGGAGGUAAUUUUUCUUUGGCUGGGAUUUCCUGAGAAUUGGCCAGAACACUUCUUGAUUCUCCAAAAUAAGAUUCUGAGAGUCUCAACCUGCACAACUUCCUAGUAGAAAAAUAAGGGGUCAAAGCCUAAAAAUGGCCUAUUUUACAGAAAGCUUUCUUUGACUUUUUUAAAAAUCUAGGAAGUUUAGGACUCUCAGAAAGUUUAGCUGGUACAUCAAGGAGUGCUCUGGCGAAUUUUUCAGAAAAUUCUGAACCGCAAACUAAAAUGAUUUCCCGUGUUAGACAUUUUUUUAUUAUUAUUUUUUUUUGAAUUUAGAAUCGUCUCUUCAUGCUUACAACUCUUCACAAAGCUUGCUAGUGAAAAAAACAAGGGAAACAAAAAUUUGAAUCUUUUUUUCAUAAGACCAGAGAAAGAAAAACCAUAAGCUUUUUACAUCUGGAAAAACAGAAUUUUUUUCAUUAAAAUGCCCUUUUUAAGAUUCAUUUCUCAGAUUUCUGAGACGGAACUCAAAGAGCUAACACAGAUAAAAAAAUUCUACUUAAACAUUUUUUUAUCGGAAAAAAACUCAAUAUUUUUUUAUUUUUUUACACGAUUUUUUUCGUCGAGUUAUAAGUCUUUCGGAGCAAAAUCUAGCUGUUGGAAGUUUUUUCCGCCUUUUCAAAUGAAAACCUCAAUUCCAGGGAUAUUAUGGAGAUAUUUUCGAGUUUUUCGGGCUUCAUUCAUUUUUGAAAAUUCUAAUUCUCUCUCGACAAGCUGAACACUACCGUAAUGACCAAAAAAGAAAGUCUAAUCUUGAAAUUUGUGAAAAAUGAUUUUCGGCGUCUUCACUAAGGUCCAUAAAUUUAACCCGACGACGCGGAAAUAGUUUCAAUAUGGCGCUUUUUUUCCCAUCGACACAUUUAGAUCGCGAGAUAGACCGAUUAAUAAAGGUGGAGACCAACGGGUUCAGUUUCAUCCGAUAAGCCAGUUUUCGAAACGAUUUUCUCGCCACUGAGUGUAUGUAGUAUGAUCAUGAGGCUCAGAAAAAAAAUGAAGUACUUUUUUCCGAAAUGAAAAUUUAGGUAAAUCAGUAGUACUUUCUUGGAGUUGUGCAACUGGUUUUCACAGUUUUUUUUUGGCUUCUUUUCUCGAUAGAUUUUAGUGUCAAAUUCUAUACCAAAAAUCAAAAUUUCAAGUAAAUGAACUUAUUCUAAACAGUCUGUUUCGAAAAAAACUCCAACGAAUGAUUUUUUUGAUACAGCUAGGAGAAAUGGGUAGAUAUGGACUCGAAAGUAUAUGAAAAAAAGAUUUUUUUCUUCUGAAAAAUUGAUUUUGGAAUGAAAAAAAUUAAUCACUUUGUAAGUAUUGUAUCAAUGGGGACAAUAUUAUCAGAAGGUCAUUUUUUGCCGUUGAAAAUAAUCUUCUAUUGUUUUUCCUCCUUGGAAGGUCACUAGGAGUUUCCUUUUUUGGAAAGAAAGAUCGAAAAAUGGAUCAUUCGAUCAAAAAAAUUGCUUUUUAUGUGGUUGAAAAUGGACAUUUUUUGCUUCUUUCCUCAUAAAAACUUUCAAAAAAUCGAUCAUUUGAUAAGUUUUAAAAAAGGCAAUUUUUAUGCGAUUGAAAGUAGACAUUUACUUCUUCUCCACCUUUGAGGGUCAUUAAAAGUUUUCUUUUUCAGAAAGACGCAUCAUUUUAUAAAAAAAAUCCAUUUUAAUGCGGUAAAAAUGGACGUUCUUUGCUUCUCCUCCCAUCAAAAAGAUUUAAAAGAUCGAAAGAUGGAUCAUUUGAUAAGUCUUAUAAAAGUCCAUUUCCAUGAAAUCUGCUUCUCCUCCCAAAACCACUUUCAAAAGACGGAUCGAAAGAUGGAGUGAUUAAUAAAGGAGUCAACCAACGGGUUCACCAUCAUCGGAAGCCCAUCAAUCCACACAUUUCGCACUUCGAGACCUUUUUUUAUUUGGUCUUCCCCGCAGACUCGUUAGAGGGAAAGAAAGAGACAUUUUUCGGCGGAACACACGACCCGCGUAUCUUCUUAUCAGUCCGGAUUUCGCUGCGGCGAUCAUCUUGUCGGUUUUGCGUACGACAAGCAACAAUGAAUUAUCACUUGUUGCGGCGGCGCCGGAGAAUGUCGCUUUGUCGGUUUUGCGUGUCGGGUCAAGGGACUUGGAAAGUGCGGACGGUUCUGGGAUAGUAUCACAGUCGGCAGGGUACCAUAAUGUGUCCACAAAGGUACCUCUCAAAAUUGGUCGUGAAGAACUCAUAAUAUGCCCAUCGUGAGACCUCCAGCAUACCUUUUAGGAGCACAGGCGAAUCGAGAAGGUACCAUAAUGGGUCCAUCGUGAGACCUCCGGCAUACCUUUUAGCUGUAUCUGAUCCAUCUCCCUCAAGUCCCUCUCAUUCUGCUCAAAAUCUUCAGAGGUAUACUCGUGGUACCAUCGAUAGACUUUAGAGCCUGCGAUGUACCUCAGAGGGUAUCGCGAUACCCUUUCUCGAUUCGUCUAUAGUUGAUUUGAGUCAUUUUUGGAUGUGUUACUGGAAAAAAAGUGAUAUAAGUACAUCUAUUCCUCACUUCAUACAUUGGAACCAGAUGCGCCCCGGAUUCCGAACAUUUCUAGGGACCACUUCAGUGGCGUCAGCAUUUCUAAGUGAUCUCUAGAGUUGCUCUGGUAUCCGUUACCGAUGUUCGAUCAAAGGGAUAAUAGGGAUGUCUAUUUUAAAGAGGCUUAUUUACAAUUCCUGAAGGUUUUCUUUUCAUUAAGACUUCUCUUAAAGCUUUUUGGCCCGAGUUUAGCUUGGUUUUUUGACGUCUGUCUACCAAAAAGUGUGUAAAAUCCUUUUGCAUAUUUUUUUGACUGGAAAAGGUUUCUUUUACCGUACGAUUUACGGCUAACAAAAAAAAAGUUUCUACGCGUUUAAAUUGGUUUUUAUCAAAAGAUAAAUCUUUUUGUAUAAGUAAAUGAAAGUUAACUGAUAGUUCCACGCAUAAAAAGUGUACGGAUAUUUUAGGAUCAAUCGAUUUUUCCCGAAAUUGGUGAAGAAAAACGGGUUUUCAGGUCGAUUUGAACGAAACGGCUACAGAAGAGCUCCUGGACAAAUGGAUGAGUCAGGCCGUUUCGGGGCUCAUGGCCGCGUUCGCUUCAAGGCGGUAAGAGUGAAUCUGAAAAGUUUUCCGCCAUCGGAUCUGCCGGAUCAAAAAUUUCACCAUUAACUCAAAUAGGAACUUGGAGAAACCAAAAAAAAUUUUUUAGCACUACGUCGCAUUUUUUUUUGCGUUCAUUCCGGUGUCGCUUUAAAAAAAGAAAAUUUGCUAAGGAAACUGCAGAAAUGCGCGAUGUCGCCGGCGGUAACGCGAAAGUUCUGCUUUGUAUCCUUACUGAUCUUGCAUUUCCCUAGAAUGCGUUUUGAACAUUUUCAAAUUUUUAAUAAGUGCGGAAAAAAGCGACAUCGCGCCUAAAGAAAUGCGAGUCCGGCGCGAUGAAAAGAAUUAAACGCGAUGUCGCUGGCGGUAGCGCAAAAGUGCUGCUUUGUAUUCUCGCCAGUCUUGCAUUUCCCUUGGCGCGAUAUCUCGUUUAGAAAUUUAGUGCUGGAAAAAUGCAACAUUGCGCCUUAAAAAGGCGAGUUCGGCGCGACGAAAAGAGUUAAUCGCGAUGUCGCUGGCGGUAUCGCAAAAGUGCUGCUUUUUUUCUCGCAAGUCUUGCAUUUCCCUUGGCGCGAUAGCGCGUUUUGAAAAUUUUCAGAUUUUUUGCGCGACAUUGCGCCUGAAGAAAUGCUAGUCCGGCGCGAUGUCGCGUUUCUUUAGGCGUUUAACUACCGAGCUUGUCGGACUAGGCAUUUUAGGUGCGAGAGAAACGCGACAUCACGCCAUCUUCAUUUUUAAACUGAAAACUUGAAAAGAGAAUAUCCUUACAGUUUGGAGCACGUCGAUGAAGACGCCCGGGAAGCGUUGCGAAUUUGCUCGAAAGCUGCCCUGGACGUUCCGGCUCAUGCCCGAUGUGUCGUCAAGUUGAUGGACGCCCAGAAGAAAGUCAUCAAAGUUCAGAAAGGUCAUUAUCAGGAAUUUUUAUGUUAAGUUACACCUGAGGAUCUAUAAGCAAUUACCUUCCAACCAAAAUCUUGCCAGACCUUUUUUGGGCUUUUUUUGGGUGCGAUCCAGCCAACGUAUGAUGAGUAAACUUAUUUUAGCUACACAUUAAUACUCAUAUGAAGUUGAUUUUUUUCAGAACAUCCACACGCCGAGCUGAAAAGGAAGCCCGAGAAGAAGAAGGAAGACGUCGAAUGGGUCGGCGGCUUUGGAAUGGCGCGAGCCAAACGAGAAACUCACUUCGAGAAGCUCAAGCCCAAGGUGCUCCUUAGUCACUUGAGCUCGAAAAAUAAUGCAAAAUGGAUGGAUUUGUAAAAAAAAAGACGGUUCAAAUAUUGAAAUUUGCAAAAACGUCUUUUGACUAUUCUGAGCGCUUUUAAAACCGUAGAAAGUUUGAAAAAAAAGCGAGAAUUUUCCACAUUUUCAAAGCGUUCGGAGCAUAAGGAGAGCCAUUCCAAAUGCGACCAUUUUUUGGCAUUUUUUGAGGAGGGCACGCAGAGAUCCGUUCAAAAUGCAAAAGUUCAUUUCUCCGCUUUCUUACAUCAUGAGAGCCAUUCCAAAUGCGGCCUUUUUCUGGUUUUUUUUUUCGAAAAAUGCACCCAGAGAUCCGUUCAGAAUGUAAAGUUUCAUAUCUCAGCUUUCUUGGAUCAUGAGAGCCAUUCCAAAUGCGGCCUUUUCUUCCUUUUUUCCAUCAUGAAAGCCAUUCCAAAUGCGGCCUUUCUCAAAAUAUAAAUUCGUCUUCCAACCUUGACCUUUCGCAGAUCGUGAACCGCCCAUCUUACACCUUGAAGUCGGCUUCCGAUGGCACAAUUAUGACGAAAGUCGCUCGGAGUCUGUCGAAAACUGUCCGAGCUAUCAAGAACAAGGACAGACCUGAGGGGUUCGUCUGGGAGAAUCUGGACCAGGAAAUUCGCCAAUUUUUCAGGUGGCGAGAAGCUGUCGGUAGGGUGAAGAAGCUCGGCGACACGGCCAAGCAGGAGAAAAAGAAGCGCGACGCGAUGAAGAAGAGGCUGAAGCAGAUGAUCGAUAACACGCCGCCCGAUUUGAUUGACCCCAGGAAGCCGAUUGCUCUUCAGGAGGUAUGUGGUCCGCUCUCAGAUUGUGAUGGACAUGCUGAACUUGAAGCGGAACAGGCUUGUGCGAAGGCCGACCCACCAACUUAUCGCCCCCAGUCAUUUUCUAAGCCCGACCCGACCCUGCCUGAACGAGUCCUCAAGCACAAAAAAAUAGAAGCUUGGUAG